AUGAGUUCUGCAAUAACAAUGCAACGUUGCGGGAUAAGUAUCAAUUCAGAGUCUCUAGUAUUAAUCUAUGAAAGAGGCUUGAAAACAAGAAAAAGGAGAAUUCGAAUUUCUAUGCCUCAAAAUUCAUCCGUCAUUGAGACAUUUAAGGCAUUGCGAGCGAACGAGCGUCAUAAACAGUUCAUAAAUCUUAUUCCUAAGACACAGCUUUUACGACUAUUGACGAUUUUCAAAGAUUUGUGUAGCGGAAUGAAUCUUGAAGACUCUUUGAACAGAAGAAAAGAAACGGAUCCUAUUCGAAGUGAUGAAGACUCUAACAGUGUUGAUUAUAAUGUCUUGGAAGGAAAGAAAACUGUUAUGAAUAAGUUGUCCGAACGGAACGAAAUGCUGCCCACAAAACACGAUUUUACUUAUGAUGAAGAAAUGGACCUUCCUGAGGAACAAAUUGAAUCUUAUUCAUGGGAUUCUGAUGAAUGUGAAUUUUAA